AUGAAAGUUUUCAACGUGGUCGGGGGCAUGAUCUUGUUUGCCUCUCUGUUUUCAGCCUGCUCUGGGCAAAAUCCCAUGACUGUGCUGUGUUCCAUUGAUUGGUUCAUGGUCACGGUCCACCCCUUCAUGUUGAACAACGAUGUCUAUGUACACUUCUAUGAGCUGCAUUUGGGCCUGGGUUGCCCCGCCAACCAUGUUCAGCCACACUUCUACCAGUUUACCUACCGUGUUACUGAAUGUGGCAUCAGAGUCAAGGCUGUCUCUCAGGAUAUGGUCAUCUACAGCACUGAGUUGCACUAUGCUUCUAAGGGUACCUCCUCUAAGUAUGUGAUCCCUGUGUCAUGCGCUGCCCCCCAACGGUCCCCGUGGCUCACUCUACCCUCUCCUUUGAGAACAGCCAGCGAUAGUGCAGCCACAGCCAAGAAUGGUGACGCGUGCUACAGCGUGUUCAGCUUGUCACAGUCCAGCGAAAGGCCCAACUGUGACUGUCCACCUUGCGUCUCUAAUGAACGGCGUACCCCGGCCUCACAUAACCAAGCAGAGGCUGAGGUGACCCAUCCUGUGCGGUCUUCUUACUUUCUUAGUGUUUGUGAAGACUGGUGUCUUCCCUCAGAUGAUCUGAUUGAACCCAUGUAA